ACGCGUGCCGGCGGUGCGUGCGCAGGACGAGCACGGGCAAAGCAUGCUGCACUUCGCGGCGGCGCGGCCGCACGGGCGCGGGGCGCUGCUGCAGCUGCUGCUGGAGACGCGCCUCAACGUGGGCUACCGCGACGAGCUGUACCGCACGGCGCGCGACGUGGCCGCGCAGGCCGCCAACCCGGACAACAUCCGCGACAUCGACCGAUGGGUGCUGCACCUCGCCGCGCACGGGGAGACGCAGCGGCUGACGGAGCUGCUGCUGGAGGGCUACGACCACCUGGUGGACGUGGAGGACGACGACGGCGCCUCCAUCGUGGCGGUGGCCGACGAGCGCAAGCAGCACGAGACGCUCGAGCUGCUUGAGUCCAUCCCCGCCUUCGAGGUGAGGGCCCCAGAACAUACCAUGGUGGUCAUGCGGCAUGCCGACUCGACAGGAUACUUCCUACGGCCUCGGCUGUCUGGCCUCGUGGCCGGAGUUGCGUUCGGAGGGUUUGACGAGCGCGCGGCGCUGCGCCGGGCGCAGGACCGGCGCGAGCAGCUCCACGCGGCGCUGCGGCGGGGCGACGCGGGGGCGGCGGCGGAGUUGCUGUCGGGGCGCGAGGGCGGCGCCGCCAUGCUGGCCGCCGCCAAGAACGCCUUCGGCCGCUGCAGCCUGCACAUCGCCGUGCUGCGCCAGGACGCAUCGUCCGUGGAGCUGAUCGCGUCGCGCUUCCCGCACACGCUGCGCAAAGGGAGGCAACCCAGUUACUACUUCAUGAAUAAAUCGGAUAUACUACGGCUACAGGAGGAUGAAGAGGCACUAAGUGUUUAGAAUAGCCGACGAACGAAGUUUUGCCAUGUGUAACGUUUAACCUGACGUUGGUGAGACUGAAAGUACCUCACGCAAAAUAUGUAUUCAAUAAAUAUUUCAAUCAGCUCUGGGCAACGCACAAACUUGCACUUUCAUGACAAAUUGAAUAUUAUUAUGAACAUGUCAUCUAUUUUCAGCCUCUUGUCUAGAACGCAAAAAGUACAACAAAAUUCCUAAUGUAAUAGUUUAACAAGUUAUACAUGUGAAACAAGUAUAAUUUUGAGUGAAAUAUUUGCAGUGAAUAAAGUUUAAUUUCGUAG